AUUCCAUGUGGUCAACAAGCUGAAAGUUCCAUAGUGUCAUUUCAUCGUCAACAUUCAGCUCUAAUAAUCUGAAAUUAAUAAUCACUGUUUCUCCUGCUGAAGAUUUUUCCCAAAUAAUUUUAUGAGCUUUUGAGAAAAACCACUGUUCAUGAUCAGUUUCAUAUCAUCUACUGCCCAGCUUUACACGCGGGAGAACAAACCCGUUUAGGCUGUCUUAGCGUUCCAUUGAAGUGCUAUUUCUGUGGUUCAGACAGAGAGGAGCCACAGGUAGAUUCCAUAGUCAUGACUUGCUUUUCUUUCUUAUGCAACAGAAGAUUGGAGGUUGCUAAACAUUCAGCCGAGCUUGAUGAGCUCUCUGGUUUCGACAAUGUUAAUCUUUACUCAUACAAGGAGCUGAGAAUUGCGACCAAUGGUUUUAGUGAUAUCAAUAAAAUCGGGGAGGGAGGAUAUGGUUCUGUUUAUAAGGGAAAACUUAAGAAUGGGAGGAUGGCUGCCAUAAAGGUUCUCUCUUCUGAAUCAAGGCAAGGAGUAAAAGAGUUUAUGACAGAGAUUCAAGUGAUAUCUGAUAUAGAGCAUGAAAAUUUGGUUAAGCUCUAUGGCUGUUGUGUGGAAGCCAAUCAACGGAUUCUUGUUUAUAACUACCUCGAGAAUAACAGCCUGGCACAAACGCUUCUUGGUGGAGGUCACUGCAGCAUCCAGUUUAGCUGGCAAACACGGGUUAAAAUUUGCAUUGGAGUUGCAAGAGGACUUGCCUACCUUCAUGUGGAUGUGAGACCGCAUGUCGUCCACCGGGAUAUUAAAGCAAGUAAUAUUCUUCUUGACAAAGAUUUGACCCCUAAAAUUUCAGAUUUUGGUAUGGCGAGACUCAUCCCUCCCAACAUGACUCAUGUCAGUACAAGGGUGGCUGGAACAAUAGGUUAUUUGGCACCAGAAUAUGCAAUAGGAGGUCAGUUGACGCGUAAGGCAGAUGUUUACAGUUAUGGUGUUCUUCUUAUUGAAAUUGUGAGCGGAAGAUGUAACACAGACACAAGAUUACCUGCUGAUGAGCAGUAUAUUCUUGAAAGGACAUGGCAACUUUACGAGAGAAACAAAUUGGUGGCACUUGUGGAUACAUCGCUAAAUGGAGACUUCGAUGCUGAACAGGCUUGCAGAUUCUUAAAGAUCGGUCUUCUCUGCACACAAGAAUCUCCAAAGCUUCGACCUUCCAUGUCGACUGUUGUUCAAAUGCUAACCGGUGAGAAGGACGCCAAUGAAAAUAUGAUUAGCCAGCCGGGCUUAAUCUCUGACUUCAUGGACCUGAAGGUUCGUAGUGCCCCAGAAACGAAGCCUGAUAUCAAUAGUAAGUCUCCCAAUUACACAUCAUAUGGCUUUGAUGAUUUGAAGAGUUCAACACUGUCCUUGGGGACUUCUUCUCAGACCACGACAACGUUUGCUUCAGCACACGAUAGAACUGUCUAAACUAAAAGUUUUGCCGCAGAGAGAGAUUUAUCGGGUUUAUUUGCAUCAUCUUAUUUGUUUUGCUGUAUAUGUUAGCUUUGUGUAAAUUGUUCUACUCAAAGCUGUUUUUCUUUCUCUUUCUCUUUUGGUUUUUAGUAUGUAUUCAUGGUGGUUCAUUAUAAAGAUUUUCAGGAAAGGGGUGCUUUUGUAAAUGCAGUUACUUUAUCCAUUGAAAGAAGUUAGUUUUCUUACGUCUCCA